AUGAAUCUAAUAGGUAUUCGUCAUCAUCAAUUUGAUCAUGUUGUCUCUGAAAUUUUACCAUGCAUUGGUUCUUAUAUUCGAUCAUUUAUGCUUAAUGGUAAUUGGGAGACAAUACUCUCUACUAAAGCAUUAACUAUUCUUUUUGCACCGUCAAUUUCAUUUAUGUUUUCUAAACUUCAAAAACUAACAUUAAAAUUAUUUAGUGGUGAAAGACUUUUAGCAUUUCUUGACAAUAUGAUAGAUUUUUUGCAACUGGUCAAACUUGAUAUUCGAUUUCUUAAAAAAGAUGCUGAUGAUAAAUUAAUGACAAAGAUCUUUGCUUCUAACAAUGGACGACUUCAAUCGAUAUCAUUUGAUGAUGAGUCAAUUGCUUUGAAACUAUCCGAAGAUGAUGAUAAAAAUAUGUUAUUUCCAAAUAUUCAAGAACUUAGAAUUAAAUUAGAAUUUAUCAAUAUACUACCACGUCUUUUUAAAAUCAUACCCAACGUACAACGUUUACAUGUAUGUGUUGAAAAAACAUUGGAUGAAGAAGAUCAUAAUCACUUAUUCAUUGAUUUAUCACCAUUUAUUUAUUUAACUGAUUUUCAUUUACGUUUGGUCAAAUCUUUAGGAAUGUUCGACGACAUAACUAAUAUAUUAAGACAAAUGCCAUUUCUACAAAAAUUAACACUUGAUUUAUGGACACGUGAUGAACGUUUAAUCAACGGAAAGAAUCUAAUUUCAAUACUUCCUUCAUCUCUCAAACAGUUUCAUUUUCUCAUACGAUAUUAUAUUUCAGAAACAAAUUUUGAAAUAGAUCAUGUACUUCCAACAUGGCCAAAGCAUAUACCAAUAAAAUAUUUUUUGGAUGAAGAUAAUAAUUGUGUAAUACUGUAUACUAUACCUUGUUGCUUACGUUCAACUAUUUUAUCAGCAACAAUAAGUAAAAACUUGCCAUCUUCUUGGACACAUAUACAACAAGUUGAAGAUUUACAAAUCAACGAUGUAACAUCAUUUAAUGAAAUACUUUUAAUAGUGCAACAUUUUCAUCGACUUCAAAGACUCACAAUUGAUGUAAAAAACAAAUUAGAAAAUGUAACGACAUCGGUUCCAUCUAUUCGUCUUUAUUUACCUCGGCUUAAGAAACUUGAAAUACAUGGUGUAUGUCAAUUAUUUCCUUUGCUUCAGGCAGCACCUAAUCUCGAAUUUUUAAUCGUCCAAUAUGAUUGUCUUAAGACUCUACUUGAUGAUGAACCAACAUGCAAUUUAUUACGAAAACGAAUUGUUCGUCUUGAAAUUUUUCAAGGAGAAAAUAUUGAUUCAGAAGAAUUACAACGUAUCGCUCAUGUAUUCAAUAAUCUUAUUGAAUUUAUUUUAAAUAUGAAAGAAUCAAAAAUAGUUAUUGAUCUGAUUAUAUUGACAGCACUUACACUUUGGAAUAAGAAAGAACUAUUUUCAUUACAUAUCGGUGGCUCAAUGUCAGAUGAAGCAACUCAAAAUCUUCAAAAGUGGCUUAUCAAUCAUACAGAUUUAACAUUAGAUCAUUCUUUUGCAACCACAUAUGAAAGCAAUUGGUUUUCAUUAUGGUGGUAG